CCAGAGAAGCCAGCCAGCCAGCCAGCCAUGCCGCCUCCGGGUCAGGUCCGGAUGCCGGACUGGGACGCUCUGAAGCUCCGCGUGCGGAGCCUGAUCAGCUCCCACCGGGUCAUGAUCUUCAGCAAGAGCUACUGCCCCUUCUGCAGGAAGGUGAAAGAUCUCUUUCAAUCUUUGGCAGUAGAAUACAGUGUUCUGGAACUUGACAAGAUUGACGAGGGACCCAGCAUUCAGGAGGUGUUGCUAGAAUUGACAGGUCAGAGGACUGUUCCUAAUGUAUUUGUAAAUGGAACUCAUGUGGGUGGAUGUGAUCAAACUUUCCAGGCUUACCAUAGUGGCUUAUUGCAGAAGCUUUUAGGGGAUGGGAAAGGUGAAGAGAUGGAAGCCUACGAUUAUGACCUAAUUGUUAUUGGUGGUGGUUCCGGUGGGCUUUCAUGUUCUAAGGAAGCUGCCUCCUUAGGAAAGAAGGUCAUGGUGCUAGACUACGUUGUGCCAACACCACUGGGUACAACAUGGGGACUUGGUGGCACUUGUGUAAAUGUUGGCUGCAUUCCUAAGAAGCUGAUGCACCAGGCAGCCCUGUUGGGUCAGGCACUGCGAGAUUCAAGGAAGUUUGGCUGGGAGUAUGAUCAGCAAGUUAAACACAACUGGGAGACCAUGGUAGAAGCGAUUCAAAAUUAUAUAGGAUCAUUGAACUGGGGAUAUCGGGUCGCCUUGCGUGAUAAGUCUGUGACAUACCUCAAUGCCUAUGGAGAAUUUGUUGGACCACACAAGAUUAAGGCAACCAACAGAAAAGGACAAGAAACGUACUGCACAGCUCAGACAUAUGUUAUAGCUACAGGAGAAAGGCCUCGAUAUCUAGGUAUCCCAGGAGACAGAGAGUACUGUAUUACAAGCGAUGAUCUCUUUUCUCUGCCCUACUGCCCUGGAAAGACUUUGGUUGUGGGAGCUUCUUAUGUAGCCUUGGAAUGUGCUGGAUUUCUUGCUGGACUUGGUUUGGAUGUCACAGUUAUGGUACGCUCUAUCCUUCUUCGUGGCUUUGAUCAAGAAAUGGCAGAGAGAGCAGGAGCCUAUAUGGAAACCCAUGGUGUAAAAUUCAUCAAGAAGUUUGUUCCUGUUGAGGUUGUAAAGUUGGAGGAAGGCAUGCCUGGAAAACUGAAAGUGAUUGCAAAAUCCACUGAAGGAAUACAAAUGAUUGAAGGAGAAUACAACACUGUUUUGAUAGCUGUUGGCCGUGAUGCUUGUACUAGAAAUAUUGGCUUGGACAAAAUUGGUGUGGCAGUUAAUGCAAAGAAUGGCAAAAUACCUGCAAAUGAUGAAGAACAAACCAGUGUGCCUUAUGUCUAUGCUAUUGGAGAUGUUUUGGAAGGAAAGCCAGAACUGACACCAGUUGCCAUACAGGCAGGCAAGCUGUUAGCUCGCAGACUUUUUGGAGGGAGUAAUAUAAAGUGUGACUACGUCAACGUACCAACUACUGUGUUUACACCUCUGGAAUAUGGCUGUUGUGGAUUAUCGGAAGAACGAGCCAUUGAACAACUUGGACAAGAAAAUUUAGAUGUGUAUCACGCACUGUUCUGGCCACUUGAAUGGACAAUACCCAAUAGAGACAACAACACUUGCUAUGGAAAAGUAAUUUGCAAUAAGCUUGACAAUAACCGUGUGAUAGGAUUUCAUGUUCUUGGACCUAAUGCAGGGGAAAUUACACAAGGCUUUGGAGCAGCAAUAAAAUGUGGUCUCACAAAGGAAUUACUUAAUGAUACAAUUGGUAUACAUCCAACUUGUGCAGAGGUGUUUACUACAAUGGAUAUUACAAAGGCUUCGGGGCAAGAUAUCACUCAGAGUGGCUGCUGAGGUUAAACCCUGCUGUUUUAAACUGUUUCCUGUUGGUCCCACUUACCUACAUUGAAGAUUUUAGGAAGCAUUCAGAUAUACACAGGUAAAUGAAUAUCUGAAUGCUGUAUUUUGCUACCACAGACAUUGAUUUUCUAAAACUUCAAUGGCAGGUGGUGGUGUCUGCAGGAAAUGGCAAAACAGCAGGGGUAAACUUCAUCCUGACUUGCUUAGAAAUGACACUCUUGUGUAUUUUUGAAGCUUUGGCUCUGAACCCCAUCUGGAGGCGAGUCAUGGCUGAUGACUUCUAUGCAAAGUUGGGAAAACCUAUUUGUCCAGUCAAUAGAGAUUCCUUCCAGAGGAACUUCUGAAUCAUCCAAGUGAAGUUUAAUUCUAUUAAUUUCAGGGCUUUUGUACAAAUGCAACAGGCACAGUGAAUGUAUAGUUAAUAACAUUGACUAGCAACAGCUAUUGACUUUGAUGGGUCAGUAGUGCAUGUUGUUAAUUGUUAACCUGAAUGGUGAGAUGUUUGCAAUGUCUAUAAAUAACCCCGUUUACACGGUCAUAAGUUGGAGAGCGAGUUUACGAAGUUAAUGUGUUAUGUCCCCAUAUGCAUCAUAGCUCACAGGACACAAAAUGGGAUGACUUGAUUUUUUUAUCAAUAG